CUAGACUCACUGAUACAGAACUCACUUCCAAAGUAAGGUCACCCUUGAUUCCAGCAUAUCCGUUCCUGCUGGCUGAAAUUUUUCCAUCACUUAAUUAGUAAAUUGUCUUGGAAGAAGGAUGUAUACAGCCAAGAACGCCGUGGUAGAAUCUCCAUACCAUUUCCUCACCACCAACCUUAUUCCAGGAACCGAACGCCGACUUGUACACGGUAAAGGAGCGGUGGUAACCGACGACAGAGGCAAACCGUAUAUAGAUCUAAGCUCCUCUACACUUAACAUGUCUUUUGGGCACCAAGAUCCUCACAUCACUGGAGCAGUCAAGGAGCAGAUGGACAAGGUUUGGUUUGUCGCAUCGGCGUUUAAUAAUCCCGCAUUCAUUGAGCUUUCUCGACUACUGGUUGAGGUUGCCCCCGAAGGCAUCUCAUCUGUUAAUGUUCGUUCAUGCAACGGCAGUGAUGCUGUGGAGAAUGCAAUCAAAAUUGCUCGCAGCCACACACGACGUAAGAAGUUAUUGUGCGCAAGACAUGCCUGGCAUGGCGAAUCAAUUUCUACGUUGGGGUUGUCAUCUAUGCAUGCUUACUAUCGGGUAGGGUACCUCCCAGACGUUUUCCAUGCAGAGGAAGAAUCCCUCGAAUCGUUGAUAGAACUCAUCAAGAUGCAUCCCGAUGCCGCAGCAGUGGUUCUCGAUCCUCUUGGUGUUGCAUCUGGCAUGUACGACCCAACAACCUUAAAACAAAACCUCUACGACAUUCGAGAGUUGUGCAGUAAGUCUGGCAUUGUCAUGGUCUUCGAUGAGAUCCAGACCUUCGGUGGUUACAUGGGGGAUAGUUUGUUUGCUAGUGGUCGCUAUGGUGUGACCCCAGAUAUAAUUUGCAUCGGAAAAGCCCUCGGUGCAGGGAUACCAAUCAGUGCCAUCUUGUGCCAAGGGUUCCUAAGAGGAGUUUUGCUAGCCAAAGAAGGCGAGCUUACUUAUGGUGGGCAGCCUCUUGGCUGUGUUGCUGCUGCUGCAGUCAUUAACGCAUUUAAGGCAAAACGAAAACACGUGUCCACGAACCUUGCUCACUUUGAAGAAGCUGCGCGGAAGCUUCGAAGCGACUUUCAGAACUCAGACCUUCGAAUCCGUCAAAAUGGAUUCUUUUUGACAGUAACACGCAAAGAUGGCAAGUUUGCAGGAAACUGGAUGAAAGUGGUCAGUAAGAAGUGUCUGGAGCAAGGUCUCCUUGUUCGUAAGAACCAAGGCAAAUCCAUUCUCAUCAAACCCCCUGUGAUCAUCCCCUCUGAUGUCAUCGACGAAUGUUUUGACAAGUUUGCAGCAAUUCUUAAAGAGGUAGAAAUAGAGUUUCAGAAGCCGAGCAUCCUGUACAGUGAAUUGACCGAGAAUGGCGAGAAACCUUCCCUCACAACACGGAUUAGAAAUACCCCUCCCGACAACAAGUGUAAAUACAUCGAGGCUCUCCUUGCCGAAGUCAAUCAUUCCCUUUCUGUAAGGAAGGCUGACGCUGGAGAACAAGAGGUGAAUGUCAAGCUACUUCGCCGAGCGGGGAUCCCAGCUGCCGAGGUGUACAAGUCAACAGACGGGUCCCUCGAGUAUAUCUACCAACCUGGUGUCCCUAUGGACAAAUUCAUGGCAAGUAAUCCUAACGACCUGCCGGUGAUUAACGGUCUCGUUUUGUUGCACCAGCGGUACGUCGAAAUGGCUCAUGACGCAGGACUCAGUGUCCCAGAUCGUUGCCCUGGCAAUGCUAUUGUCAGCGGUGUUUCCAUAGCUGCUCUGAUGGACUUUGAUCUGGUUUAUAAAACUAGUGACGAUGAUCAAGAUCUAUUGUUUGCCUUCGAGGAGGUUUUCUCUACCUUCCAGUGCGUUGCAUGGAUCAAGGAUGCUUCUCUUCAACAGGAUCUUUCAAACCGACUGUGCUUUGCUGUUAUGGACAGGUACGGUGCGCUGGUGCCUCACAUUUGGUCUGGAAUGACCAAAUACUACAGCAGUCCGUCGAGGCAGGAGUCUUUGACGCGUCACGAUUGUAUGCGAGCGAUUGAAGCAAUGUCCAGGUCCUUCAGUAACCUACAGUGUGGAAUAAAGAAUGGUAGAUGAACACGAACAAUUUGAACAAUCUUACAGACCACCUAGACAGUAAUACAUAAUAUUUUUUCCUAAUAAUACUAGGGUGUAGGAAGCUUCUUCAUUAACUCUUUGGGUUGUAUUCCUGCACUCUACCACCAUAAUAAUUUACCCUUAUGUUUUUUCAUGUAUUAUUUUAUAUUGUUGUAAGUGGAAAUAAAAAACCUUGAACCUUGAA